AUGGGACGUGGAAGAUUGAUUCUAAUUGAAGGAUUGGACAGAACUGGUAAAACUACUCAAACAUCGAUUCUCACAGAUAGAUUAAAACCCAAUGCACAACUAAUAAAAUUUCCCGACCGUUCAACAACUAUUGGUAAACUUAUCAACCAGUACUUGACGGAUAAGAAUUUCAAUUUACCGAAUCAAUCAGUGCAUUUGUUGUUUUCUGCAAAUAGAUGGGAAGUCGCUGAGAAUAUCAAAGAAACCCUAUUGAAUGGUACAAAUGUAAUUUUGGACAGAUAUGUGUAUUCAGGAAUUGCAUACUCUGCAGCAAAGGAUGUUGAUGGAAUGGACUUACAGUGGUGCUUGAAUCCUGAUAAGGGACUUUUGAAACCAGACCUUACCUUAUUCUUGACUAAUGAAAGUAAUGAUGACGCAGAGAGAGAUGGAUUUGGUGAGGAACGUUACGAGAAUGUUCAAUUCCAAAAGAAGGUCAAGAAACAAUUUUACGCUGCAUUCACAGAAUUCGAAACCCCGAAUUCUAAUACAUUAAAACUGGUUGAUGUUACCAAUAAAUCCAUAGAAGAAGUCUCAGAAGAAAUAUGGAAAUUAGUGCAACCUAUCUUAUCCAAUAAAGAAGAAAACCAAGAAUUCUCCUUUUUCUAG